UGAAGAGUGUUCUCUGUUGAUCUGCUACAGAUUCCCAGCGUUCUUCGUAGGAUUCACCUCUUAAAGCAGGCUUGCCGUGACAUGAACCGAAACCUUUUAGUAUUCUGCCUGUCUCUCCUUCUUUUCGAAUCGUCUGGUUUCAGUGGGACAGAAAGCAACGCACAUGCCAGAUGGAAACCUUUACUCAGACGAUGACCUGAAACUCUUGAAGACUCGUAUGCAGCAGAAGUUGAAUCCAAUGGUGUGAGACUAAUUUUAAGAUGGCUUCCCCUGGAUCAUUCAAUGGGGUCGAGGAUUAUGAUAUGAAUCUGAAACAUAAAAAUUCAGUGUUCUUCUUGUCUCUCCUGGUACUAGAAGUGUCCUGUUUAAAUGAGUUUGAGAUUACUGUAUCCAGUGGGACUGUGAUUGGGCAUAACAGUCAAUCGAUGAUCCUGCCCUGCAUGUUUCCAGUAGACAGCUUGUGGAGUCUGAGCAACACUCUAAUUAGCUGGCAGCGUGGUCUGGAUGUUGUUCACAGCUUCUACUACAGCCGGGACCAGCUCGACCGUCAGAAUCCUCUCUAUGCAAAACGCACCACCCUGUUCAAUCGGGAGAUGGCACGAGGAAAUGCAUCACUUAGACUGGACAAAGUUACUCUGAAGGAUGCUGGUGUGUACACCUGCUCCAUAAUCACAAACUCUGGCAGCCAGAAGAAGAGUUUUAGAGUUGAUAUUGCAGCGUUCUACUCUGAGCCUCGUCUUCAGUUCUCUUUGCUAAAUGAUGGUGUUAAAAUACGAGUGAUGUCAGAGGGGGGGCAUCCCUCUCCUACACUGCAGUGGCUGAUAGAAAACACAGAAGAUAUCACAAACCAGACACAAACACACCUUGCGCAGGACAAACAUACAGGACUUUACAGUGUGUCUAGUUGGAUAAAUCUCACUGAAGUCACCAAUUCCUCUCUGACUUUCAUACUGUCCAACAAUCUCCUGGGACAAAAGAUCAUGAGGGAGAUACAGCUGUCCUCAGAUAAGAGAGAGAAGCAAAGAGAGCCAACACAAAGAUGUCACGGAUGCUUCACAGUGAUUCCUGGAAUUCUGCUGGUGUUCGUGCUGAUCAUAAUGGGUUUGGUGUUUGCGUUGAGAAGAAACCCGACUAAACAAAACAACUUUUAUAAGAAGCAACAUAUGGAUCAAACUCAAGCUCUCAGAGAAUCCAGAGUGUUCUCUGUUUAUCGGCUACAGAUUCCCAGCGUUCUUCGUAGGAUUCACCUCUUAAAGCAGGCUUGCCGUGACAUGAACCGAAACCUUUUUAUAUUCUGCCUGUCUCUCCUUCUUUUCGAAGCAUAUGGAUUCGUUGAGUUUGAGAUAACCGUGCCCAGUGAAACUCUCAUUGGGUUUUAUGGUCAAGCGCUCAUCCUGCCCUGCACUUUUCAAGUGGGCAGUUCAUGGGAUCUGCGCAGCACUGUGAUUACCUGGCAGCGUGGUCUGGAUGUUGUUCACAGCUUCUACUACAGCCGGGACCAGCUCGACCGUCAGAAUCCUCUCUAUGCCAAACGUACCAGCCUGUUCAAUCGGGAGAUGGCACGAGGAAAUGCAUCACUUAGACUGGACGGUGUCACUAUGAAGGAUGCUGGUGUGUACACCUGCUCCAUCAGCACAAACUCUGGCAGCCAGAAGAAGAGUUUUGGUGUAAAUAUUGCAGCGUUUUACUCUGAGCCUCGUCUUCAGUUCUCUGUGCUAAAUGAUGAAGUAAACCUACUUGUGACAUCAGAGGGGGGACAUCCCUCUCCUACACUGCAGUGGCUGAUAGAAAACACAGAAGAUAUCACAAACCAGACACAAACACACCUUGCGCAGGACAAAAAUACAGGACUUUACAGUGUGUCUAGUUGGAUAAAUCUCACUGAAGUCACCAAUUCCUCUCUGACUUUCAUUCUGUCAAACAAUCUCCUGGGACAAAAGAUCAGGAGGGAGAUACAGCUGUCCUCAGAUAAGAGAGAGAAGCAAAGAGAGCCAACACAAAGAUGUCACGGAUGCUUCACAGUGAUUCCUGGAAUUCUGCUGGUGUUCGCGCUGAUCAUGAUGGGUUUGGUGUUUGCGUUGAGAAGAAACCCGACUAAACAAAACAACUUUUAUAAGAAGCAACAUAUGGAUCAAACUCAAGCUCUCAGAGAAACCGUUUAAAAUGUUUAUGAACAUUUAUAAACAAUGUAUGAUACUUCCUGAAUUUCCAGAAAAAACUUUUGAUACGAGGACUAUCAUUGUUAUUUAAGUUAUUGACCCUGGCAGCAUUGUCUAAAUUGUUUUUUAUUAGAGAACAUUUCAAUCUAUUGAAUUAGCAGUCUAUCAAAAACGGAAAUUAUUUAUUAAAUGACAUGUUACUUGCAGCUAAGACAGUAUUGAUGUUAAAGGCCACGUGCUUGUGUUCUAUGCUGUGUUUUGCAUCUUGUUUAAUUCAAUUACUAUUUGAAAUUAUACGUUUUUUACCCUUGGAUUUUUCAAACCACUAUUUGAUCGGCACAUAGAUGCUGAACUGUUAAAAAUUAUUCUGUGCAAAAGCAGUAUUUUAUCAGAAUUAUAUUCUUGCUUUUUUGAAGCAACAUUUUGGUUAAUAUUUCAAUUUAACUGAAAUCCAAACAAAAAUAUUAUUGAGAGUACCUAUUUGAGUAUUCUAAAUCCAGUAUUUUUCAUAGACAUUUUACUGCAUCAUUUCCAUCCUCUUAUCCCUGCAUGCAAUGAAACAUUGAAAAGCAUAAUCAUUGUUUGCAUUUUUAAAAAAUCUGCUAUUUUAAGCAACAGUUUGUUGAUGGUGGAUAUUUAUGUCAGAAACGGUUAGGUCUACUCAAAACGUAGAUUGUUACAUCUCUAAGUAAGGAUAGAAACGUUUUUAAAUCCAAUGCAAUUCAUCAUCGUUUGUGACGUUUGUGAUCUGUUGUCCAUGUUGUUUCCAUUAGUUUAGACCAUAUUUUACCAACAAAGAUCUAAACAGGUAGUGUCUGUAAUUACAAGUGAUCUUGUGCCCUGACCAUUACAAGUAAUUUUGUGCCUUGAACGUUAUUGACCUUUACCUGCUGGCAGGUUUUCCAAGUCAAUUACAUUAUAUUACCUAUUUAUUGAAUUUUAAUUCCAUCAAACAUGGAAAUGAAUUAGUUCAUGUCUUCAAACAUGUUUCAGAUUGUAAACAUAGCUACAUGAAUUUAUAAAUGUAUAAAUGUAUUAAAGUUGUUAUUUAUGUUAGCUCUUUUUUUACUUUUCAUUGCCAAUAAUCGGCACUGUAUUAGAAAUUGACUUAUGGUGGGCAGUGUUUUCACUAUUGUACAUAUAGUUUAAAUAAAGUGAUGACUUGAGCAUA